AUGCCGCCGACUAGAGGCCAAAGUAAGCGAAAAGCUACCGACUUGAACGUUCCUUGUCCUGGAGAAGAUGCCGCGGAACGGAAGCGGGUGUUGAACGUUCUAGCUCAGAGACGGUACAGGCAGAGACAGAGAGAGCACGUCAAGCAACUCGAAGCACAAACCAAUAACGCCACCCAAUCUAACCAGGUCCCACGAGACACUCUCACAAAUGCAGCAGAGCCUUGCGCUGCACAGGAUGUCCUACAUCAGACUCUGUCAGUCCCCAGUCUGCGGAAUGGAAAGACGCCCGUCCUGGACGGUCAGAUAUUCCACGGAGAUCUGAGCGCAUCAUUCUUCCAACAUGCUCAACAGCUCGAAGUUGACUCAGACACGGCACAGAUAUUUAUCGAUCCGGGAGACCCCUUUGCAACGUUCGACGAGAAUCCAUUCGCCCUGGGCAUAGAUAACCAGGAUUUCUUCGACUCGCCCAUCCUCGUUCCCCCUCUCCACAGUCCGUCGACAUCCGAGACGACGCGCUCCUCAUCCUCCUCUAACCAAAGCACAAGUUGGUCUUUGCCUUCGCUCGGCUUCACCGAUCCUACCCUGGACCAAGCUCCUGGUACUGGUAUAUCCAAGGACGACCACCGCCGUUCGCAAUCACGAUCGCGAUCGCCAACAUCUCAAGGCACGCGGCACCAUGCUCAAAAUACUAGUAUGCAGUCAGGGCAGUACACAUUCCCGGACGAAUGUCAUCUCGAAAUGCCCGAACUGGCCCUCCUUCGUGGCUGCAUGUCCAUCGCGCACCGCCUAAACGUGCAAGAUAUCAUAUGGUCACUGUCCUCGGUUUCUCCCUUUUUCACUUCUUCUUCUUCUUCCUGUCCGACGACCAAGUUGGCCACGUCCUCGAGCCUGGGUCUGAGUCUUCAACAAUUCUCCCACCUCCCACCCAAUCUCCGCCCGACACCCGCGCAACUCGCCAUCCCGCACCAUCCCCUGAUAGACCUCCUUCCCUGGCCGAGCGUGCGGGACCGCUUGAUCCACGUCCUCAACCAACCGCCGCAGUUUCGUCCCGCCGGAGCCAAGAGCCCCAUGGCGCUGAUCGAGUUCGUGUACGACAUUGAGGAUCCGAACGAGGGGGUCCGCAUCAGUGGGUCGGACCCCUACGACGGACGGAAUUGGGAGGUCGGCGAGAAGGUGUUCAAGGGGUGGUGGUGGUGUUUUGAUCGCGAGGUGGUGAGCAGGACGAACGAAUUGAGGAAGAGACGAGGGGCGGGCACGUUAGGGUUUGGCAUGAUGGGUGGGAGUGUGUUGGGAGAGGUGGGUUGACCUGUUUAGAAAUAGGAAAGACAGAAAAUGUCCUGGGGAUUGGAGCAGCGUUUGUUACAGUGAUCUGGUGGACAUGUCAGUGCAUUUUGCGAUGUCUCGUCACUCCCUUGUCGGAUCGAUGAGGAACCCGAGGGACAUCAUCGGAUGUGCUGUUACUAUAGUAGAUAUACACAUUCAAUGCUCAACACUGCCCGGCAGCUACUGG